CCCCCCCCAACAAUGGCGAGCAACGAAAACCCCAGCUUGGUCUCGCAAGCAGUCCGCUUCGUCUUGGACGUCGCCAACGGCCGCAGCGCCCUAUCGAAACUCGUCCCGCCGACCCUAUUCGUCCUCGACGCGGUGCUCUGCGCCCUGAUCAUAUGGAAGAUUCCCUAUACCGAGAUCGACUGGACUACGUACAUGGAACACAUCGCGCUGUACGUGUCGGGUGAGCACGACUACACUGCUCUUACCGGCGCUACGGGGCCCCUGGUCUACCCGGCCGCUCACGUCUACACGUAUACCGCGCUGUACUACCUGACGGACGAGGGCAAGAAUAUCUUCCUCGCGCAGCAGAUAUUCGCCGUCUUGUACAUGGCGACGCUGGCCUUGGUGAUGGCCUGUUAUUGGAAGGCAAAGGUUCCGCCCUACGUCUUCCCCUUAUUGAUCCUCUCAAAGCGACUCCAUAGCGUUUUCGUCCUACGCUGCUUCAACGACUGCUUCGCUGCAUUCUUCCUCUGGCUAGCUAUAUUCCUGUUCCAACGACGAGCAUGGACUGCCGGUAGUCUUGUUUAUUCGUGGGGUCUGGGUAUCAAAAUGUCCCUGCUGCUGGUGCUCCCGGCUGUUGGGGUAGUCCUAUUGUUGGGUCGGGGAUUUUCGGGUAGUCUGAAAUGCGCUGCGAUUAUGGCUCAGAUGCAGGUUCUUAUUGCGUCCCCGUUUCUGCAAGCAAACGCAUGGGGUUAUGCGAGCAAGGCUUUCGAGCUGACCAGACAAUUCUUCUUCAAAUGGACUGUGAACUGGCGUUUUGUAGGGGAGGAUAUCUUCCUUAGCCGGCCCUUCUCAUUGGCGCUCCUGGGUAUGCAUGCUGUGAUCUUGGUGGGUUUUAUCAUUGGCAAGUGGCUUAAGCCAGCUGGAAAGCCUCUAUCGGCAAUAAUCAUGCCACUCCUGCAGUUCAGCUCGCCCUUUAGUGCCCGAGAGGAGCCCCUGGUAGCUUCACGGGUGACCCCCAACUAUGUGAUGACAACCAUCCUUUCAGCAAACGUCAUCGGGCUUCUUUUCGCGCGUACUCUGCACUACCAGUUCUAUUCAUAUCUCGCAUGGUCCACUCCAUACCUCCUCUGGCGAAGCGGAACUCAUCCUAUUGUUCAGUAUGGGCUCUGGGCUCUCCAGGAAUGGGCCUGGAACGUCUUCCCGAGUACCCCUGUUAGUUCGGGAGUUGUGGUUGGCGUCUUAGCUACGACCGUUGCGUUAAUAGCCAUACGGACAGAUAGAGAUGCAGUAUCGGUACCUGAUUCUGGACGCAAUGGACGCAAACGCAAAAACGUUUGAGUCUAGUCUAGUCGGACUACGGACUAGACGAUACGCAGUUAUUCUUCAUCUUCCGAGCCUGACGGCGGCAUCUUGCC